AUGUCGGAAGCGCCGCCCGCCGCGGCCCGCCGCCGCGCGGGCGCGACGGCGUCCGCGGCGGACGACGACGACGACGACGCGACGACGACGACAAAGGCGACGAUGAAUCGACGACGAGGCUACGCGAGGAAUCGCGUUCCGGUGAUCGGAGGCAGACCGGUCAAGACGCGAACGUCCGGGAUGCGCAAACUCCACGAGCCCGCGGGCGCGGGGGUCUGGGUCGCGAUCUUCGGGAGUGUGCUGUUGUUCGCGGGGAUACAGGCGUUCAUCCGGUGGAAGUGGGCGGACGAGUUGGGUUGA